GUCACAUAAUACUCUACUUCUUAGUUUAACGUUAUUGUAGCUUAAAGCUCACAGCAAAAUCUUUGCACUCAUGAUCAUGGAAAAAUCUUCAAAUCAGAAAACAAUUUCCAUUAUUGGUGGUGGAUUGGUUGGAAGCUUAAAUGCUUGUUUUUUUGCUAAGAAUGGAUUCCUGGUUGAACUUUAUGAGGCAAGAGAAGAUAUAAGAACAGCCAAAAGAGUCAGUGGAAGAAGCAUUAAUUUGGCAUUGUCAUACAGAGGUCGGCAAGCUCUCAAAGCUGUCGACUUAGAAGAUAAGAUUGUGGCCAAUGGCAUUCCUCUGCGGGCAAGGAUGAUUCACUCAGUUAAGGGUAAAAAGUAUUCCAUACCCUAUGGCAAAAAAGAUCAGUAUAUCCUGUCAGUCGACAGAGCAAAUUUAAAUAAAGAACUGCUUAAUGCUGCAGAAAAGCAUUCCAAUGUUAAGUUGCAUUUUCAACACAAGUUGACUGACUGCAAUGUUGAAUCUGGUAUGUUGGUGUUUAAAGGGAAGCAGGGCACUGCAAAGUAUACACAUGCAGAUUUGAUUGUGGGAUGUGAUGGUGCCUUCUCAACUGUAAGAAAACAAUUUAUGAAAAAAAUACGCUUUAAUUACAGCCAUGUAUAUAUCCCUCAUGGAUACAAGGAGUUGACAAUUCCUCCUAAAAAUGGAGAGUUCGCCUUGGAACCUAACUAUUUGCACAUAUGGCCAAGAAAUACAUUUAUGAUGAUUGCAUUGCCCAAUUUGGAUAAAUCUUUUACAUGCACUCUUUUCAUGUCAUUUGAAGACUUUGAAAAACUUUCCAAAGCAGAAGAAGUACUAGACUUUUUCAAGAAACAUUUUCAAGACUCCAUACAUUUAUUUGGACAGGACAAUUUGAAAACGGAUUUCUUCCAGUUGCCACCACAAGCCUUGAUCUCUGUUAAAUGUUCUACAUUUUGCUUGGACAGUAAAUGUGUUAUAAUGGGUGAUGCAGCCCAUGCUGUUGUGCCUUUCUAUGGACAAGGAAUGAAUGCUGGAUUUGAAGACUGCCUUAUAUUUUCUGAAUUAAUGGAGCAAUACAGCGAUGAUUUCAGUAUCUGUGUUCCUGAAUUUUCCCAAAUUAGAGUGCCUGAUGCUCAUGCAAUUUCAGAUCUGGCCAUGUACAAUUACAAGGAGAUGAGGUCCCAUGUGAACUCCAAGUGGUUUCUUUAUCGAAAAUAUAUAGACAGCACUCUGCACAUGUUAAUGCCAUCUACUUUCAUUCCUCUUUACUCAAUGGUAACAUUCACUAGGAUACAAUACCACAAAGUUGUCCUCCGCUGGAAGUGGCAAAAUAGGGUUAUAAAUGCAGGACUUGUGUCAUUUGGUUGUGCAAUGAUGUGCUGUGUCACUUACCAGCUAUUAAAAUAUCUGCCUCAUAUCAAAGAAACGUUUACCCAACUUGAAUUCCACUUGCCAACAGUUCGUUUCCUAUCCCUGCCUAACUUCGAUUUCACAGAAGUUCUUUAAGGAGACAUUUUCUUGAAAGAUUAUCCAAAAUUGGGUCUGGGCUUCAGUCUCCAAGCAGCUAAUUGUCAUAAUUUCAUAAAAAGUUUAAAAAAUUUAAAUAAAAAUAUUUUGAAAUUACAAUGAAAUGUAUUUGUUUAAAUGUUAUCACAUGGCAUUUAUGUUUCUGUUUUAUUAGAUCACACUGUAAAGCAUUUGGCUUUCAACCCAUUUAUGCUGUAACCACUUUUAUUUAGUUUUUUACUCUUUGCCUUUCUAAGGCCAUAACUUUAUUUUUUCAUUCACAUAGCAAGAUGAAGUGUUGCAUUUUUGAAGGACAUGCUGUACUUUAUAUUUUUCACGUAGUAGGUGGCUAAAUCUAAAUGGUAGAAUUGAAAAAAAAAAUGCAAUUAUAUGAUUAAAAUAUAAAAUACAUAAAUAAGUAAAAAGUUAGUUUUUUUUAAUCUCUAUAUUCUAACACCCAUAAUUUGUCUUAUAUUUAUGUUUAAAGAGCUGUGUUAGGGCUAUUUUUGUGUUGGCCUAUCUAUAGUU